AUGGAAAUAACAAGUGGUCCAUUCUUCACUACUUCCACUGGGCUCAUUGACAGUAUUGACAAAAAACUAAUGGUUGUCUUGAGAGAUGGUCGCAAACUAAUUGGUAUUUUGAGAUCAUUUGACCAGUUCGCUAAUUUAGUUUUGCAAGAUACAAUUGAAAGAAUUUAUGUCGGUAAUUGUUAUGGAGAUAUUCCAAGAGGUAUCUUUUUAAUUAGAGGUGAAAACGUAGUAUUACUUGGUGAAAUUGAUUUAGAAAAGGAAGAACAUAUUAAUUUAAGGCAGGUGCCUGUUGAAGAAAUUUUGGUAGCACAGCGUGAGGAAAUUGAAGCAAGGGAAAGAUUAGAAAAGAUUAAAAGUAAAAUCUUACAUGAUCAAGGUUUCUGUGUUGAUUCUACUCAAAAUGACUUGUAUUAA